ACAGGAACACCUCACUGCCUUUGUGGUUACCAUGGUGAUUCAGGUUCAUUUUAGAAGGAGUGACAGGACAGAUUGGUCUGAAGAAUUGUGAAAUCUCACACUCUAAAAAUAAGGACUAGGAAGUCACAGUGACUCUGACAAUGGAGGAUGGGUAGAACUUCUGCUACCUCUCAGCAAGACGGAAUCAGAAGAUCCAUGCAUUAGGAAAGCAUGGGCUGUUCAGCUGUAUAGUUCCUUUUUCUGACUCGUCACCCCAGUGAGGGGAAAAGGAUGUCAUCAUGUAGUCACCAGCAGAAGACAAAUUUCGAAAGAGACCUCACUGUCAGAAGGGCAGCCCACAACCACGUCGGCUCUCAGAGGAGACUGAGCUCCUCAGUGAAUGUGUCUGAAGAGUGGACCAGUGUGUCUGUCCACUAGGCAUGGAACCAAAGCGGAUCAGGGAGGGCUACCUCGUGAAGAAGGGAAGCAUGUUUAGCACCUGGAAACCCAUGUGGGUUGUACUGCUAGAAGAUGGCAUCGAGUUUUAUAAGAAGAAAAGCGACAACAGCCCCAAGGGGAUGAUCCCACUGAAAGGAAGUACUCUCGCCAGCCCCUGUCAGGACUUUGGCAAAAGGAUGUUUGUAUGGAAGAUCACUACAACCAAACAGCAAGACCACUUCUUCCAGGCAGCCUUCCUGGAGGAGAGAGAUGCUUGGGUUCGGGACAUCAAGAAAGCUAUUAAAUGCAUUGAAGGAGGCCAGAAGUUUGCAAGAAAAUCCACAAGGAGGUCCAUUCGUCUGCCAGAAACUGUUGACUUGGGGGCUUUGUAUCUGUCUAUGAAAGAUACUGAAAAGGGAAUAAAGGAGCUGAAUCUGGAGAAGGACAAGAAGGUUUUUAACCACUGCUUCACAGGUAACGGUGUCAUUGACUGGCUGGUUUCUAACAAGCUGGUUCGGAAUCGCCAGGAAGGCCUCAUGAUUGCCGCAUCACUGCUCAGUGAAGGGUACCUGCAGCCUGCUGGGGAUCUGUCUAAGAACGCGGCUGAUGGAAUAGCUGAAAACCCUUUCCUGGACAAUCCCGAUGCUUUCUACUUCUUUCCAGACAGUGGCUUCUUCUGUGAAGAGAAUUCCAGUGAUGACGAUGUGAUUCUGAGAGAAGAAUUCAGAGGGGUUAUCAUCAAGCAGGGAUGUUUACUGAAGCAGGGGCACAGGAGGAAGAACUGGAAAGUGAGGAAGUUCGUUCUGAGAGAAGACCCGGCCUACCUGCAUUACUAUGACCCUGCUGGGUGUCGGAGCUCUUGUGCCUCUUGGACCAGCAAAAACUCAGCAGGGGGAGAGCACCAGGGUAGUGGUGAAGAUCCCCUGGGAGCAGUUCACUUGAGAGGCUGUGUGGUGACGUCAGUGGAGAGCAAUCCCGAUGGUAAGAAGAGCGAUGAUGAGAACCUGUUUGAGAUCAUCACAGCAGACGAAGUUCAUUAUUACUUGCAGGCGGCCACUCCCAAGGAGCGUACUGAGUGGAUCAAAGCUAUCCAAGUGGCUUCACGGACUGGGAAAUGAGGACACUGAGGAUCAUCAAGGUGAAUCUGACUGGCCAAGAUUCUACAACCAGGACACCAGAGACAGACUUCAGCCAGAUUUGGAAUUUUUAGUUGGCAUUUUGCUUUGUUUUCACUUUCCUCACAUGUGUCCUGGGUGUAUAAUUUUAAUCUACUGUCUAUUUAAUAUUCCCUGUAGCAAGAAUUCUCUCCAACUUUGUAGAGAUGUUCUUCCCCCAGCACUCAAAUAAAAUGAUACUGUGCCUGCACAGUUUCCAUGGGAAGUCUGGACACAUCACAAAUUUUGCAAAAAUUCUCAAGGUUAGGGGAGAACUAGCCCUUUCAUCCCCCUCAUUCUGAGUUCACCCUCCUGUUUUCUUAUUACCUGCCCCCUUGAAUAAAAUAAUUACCCCAACAUUUCAUGUAACCUCAACCUACAUGUGCACCUUGCUCGUCCACACUUCUGCUCAAUGUCACUUCUCUAGAUGUCAGCUGGAUUCUUUGAGAAACUGAUCCUGAGACAGGAUAAGGUAUGAAAGAAACUUCUUGAGAAGGGGAAAGGACAUUACUAAACUAGACAAAGGGGCAAAGAAGUAGAGAUUGAGUGAGGAAAUUUCAACAAAAAUCUAACAAGACUUGCUCUAGAAAGAAUAGCAAAGGGGCCACCUUCCCCAGUAGAGGUCUGAGCAAUAUAUCAGGUGGAGAAGUGGACCAAGGUGAUGAUAUAUCUAUGGACUAAUGAACGGUAGUGAAUUGUCUCUCUACUUGCUCAGGGUCCUGUGAGGAAAAAAGAUGGAGAGAUCAGAGCCAAGAGAUUCUAGGGAAGAAGCAUAUGGAUGGACAUUUGGGAGUGGGUGUAAAGUGUGAAGAUAUGUGUGUCAUAUCCUAGUAUCCCCAGAAGCUUCCACCCCCAAUUCACUUGGCCUGUUGUGUGAGGCAGACCUCGUCUGCAAUUACCACAGCACUAACACAAAGGACACAUGAAUGGGGUGGCCACAGUGGUGGAUAUAGAGGCCACAUACAGGGACAACAGCAUUGGAUUCUACUUUCCAAGGCUGAUUAAGAUAUUGCCACCUUGGAGUGUCUAGCAUGUGAGCAGUAAAGACCAGUGCUGAGCAUCGUGUGGCAUUCUUCAAGGAGAUGAACAAGUCAUUUGAUAAGUUGGCUACAUUUCAUUCUGAAUGUUUUGUCCUCACAAGAACAGACUCUGAUUCUAGCUACAGAUUUCUCUUUCUUUUUCAGAGUGCUCAAUCUAUAGACAAAGAGUGCAAUACUAUAAUAUCUAGAGAGUUAUUCUAGGUGGGAAAAGAAAAUGAGGAAAUAGACCCAUAAAAUGGGUUUAACUUUCUGUCUAGUGCAUCCUUCAAUCACAUCUUGAGCUUCUGCCUAGCUCACAAGUUACCCGUUCUUAAUACAUGUUAAAUCAUCUUUCCUGUAGAUUCACAUUUCUGUUUUUAGAUAAGAACCCUACCACUUAUUGUCUGGAAUCAUUUCAAGAGCCUCCAAAUGGGCUUUCCUACCCCACAACCAUACUCCUAUCUACUUUAUCUAUUUUAGCUCUAAACCUCAUAUGAAAUGAAGGUCCCUUAAAUAGUUAAUGCUGCUUAUCUUCCAGACCUCAGUUCAUCUCCAACUGUUCCAUUGCUCAUGUCAUGGAUUCCAGUGUUGGUGAACUGUAAUGUCAGCUUGACUAAAUUGAGAGCUGCCUAAUGCAUAUGGGAUCAGUUUACCACAUCUAUAAGUAUAUCUGUAGGGGGAGUUUUUACAGAUAAUUAGUUCAUGAUAGCUCUGACUAAAUGAAUAGAUAGCUUAACUCAUGGUAGAUUCAAGACUAUCAGGAGAUGGUAUAACUCUGCAAGUUGAAGGAAGUAGGUCUAUAUGAGUGUGUCUUUGGGGAGCUAUAUCUUGGCCUCUCCUUAUUAUCACUCUACAUUGAUUCCUGUCUGCCAUAAUGUAUCCUGUCCUGGCUCACCACCCUCAGAGUCCACGGUGGACUGAAACCCUUGAAUUUGUGAACGAAAAAUAAAUCCUUAUUCUUAGUUGUUUCUGACAGACAUUUGGUCAUAGCAAUAAGAAGAUAUAACUUGCACAUUAACAAGGGGGUGUCCUUAUUAGUCAAACACAUUGAUUUUCAUAAAAUUCAGGGGUCAGAUGUCAAACUUAGUAAGAUCUUAUAUUAAAACAGAAAGUAAACAAAGAGUGGAUGGACAAUAAGUAUUUAUUGAUGCUGUAGUGACAUGACCAUUAGGGGUGUAACCAAUGGCUUUCUGAUUGGCUCUGAGGCCCACUCCAGAGCAGGAAGUUCCUGUUUAGUACUCUACUUGGUCAAAUGCCUGUGUCUGGGGAGGACAGAGGUCCUACCAGGGGCUAUUACUGCUGUUUUGCUAAAUAGACAUGCUGUGCUUAUCAAAUCGCCUUCUGAAAAGACCACUGGUGUCUAUGAGUCUAAAAGUCUAAGAAUGUCCUCAGGCAAAAUCCAGUGCCUACAACAGAGAUUUCUCUACUUUGUUGUAAUCCUCAUAACCUAUUUGAUGUUUCUACCAAUAUCUGGAAAAUGCCUUGAUUUAUGACUUUGUUCUGGUACAAUGAAAAUUCAUGUAAGAACCCUGAGGUUAUCUCAAUCUAUAUUCCUAAGCCACAGUCAGUCAUAUUUUACUGUAGAGUAAGCUCUAAACUUUUAUUCCCUUGAAGAUAAAAGCUGUAUUUUCUGUGUCAACAGUGUGGAAGUGCAUAGCCCCUCUCCCUUGCCCUAGGCGGUCUCUCCAUCUGGGUGAUCUUGAAUGAAUGCCAUUAUAAUAAACUGGCGUUUGUAC